UUAUCUGCUAAAAGACAGAUUGACGUAUCCAAAGCCCUCACAAAACCCACAACCUUAGAGAAUUUUGUCAUGCUUCCCUCCGCAAGCCGAGCCUUAUCCUCUCUCAUUCAUUCAGAGGGAGGUUAAAGCUCACCCACCAGAACAAUGGACGCAUUUUCUUGCACUCUGUUUUUCUCUGUCUAAAUUCAAAGCAAGCCCUCUUUCUUCGAGAAACUUAAGAGCAUUUGAAGAAUGGCAAAGCCAGAUGAGGAUGCUGAUAAGGCAGAAGUAGAGGAUGCCGAUAAGGAAGAAGUAGAGGAUGCUGAUGAGGAAGAAGUAGAGGAUAGUGAUUAUGAUUCAUCAGGUGAAUAUGGUAAUCCGGCUCCGGGCUUUGAGGACUACAACUUCCCUGAGGAUCCGGAGGAAUGGACUGUAGAAGACUUGGGAGAGGCUUGGAUUAAUGAAAAACUAUCAGAGUCUGAGGAUACAGAAGAUGAUGAUAUGCUAGAUGACAGAGAUAGUUCAUCAGAUGACACUGAUGAUACUGAUGAUCUUUCAACAGACAUUUCAGAAGGAGAAGAAGAAGAACAAGAAGAAGAAGAAGGAGAAGAAGAAGAAGAAGGAGAAGAAGAAGAAGAUAUAUCAGACGAUGACAAAUCUGACACAUCUUCAAGUGACCUAUCAUCAGAAAAAGGCGCAUUGUCGGAUUCUGAUUCAAACACAGACCCAUAUGAACAGCAAGAUUUAAAUGCGGGCUUUGGAUGGGACCCUGAUUUGGUAGGCAAAGAAUCAAAGAAGGUAAAAAGGAUUAUGGAAAAAAAUCAACUAAGGGGAUACUAUUCCAGCGAUGAAGAAGAAGUAGAAUUUGAAGAUGAAGAAGAAGAAGACUACGAUAAAGUACUUAAUUAUGUGCCAUAUCAUAGAACGUUUCCUUGUGUUCCAGAAAAUUGGUUUGAAAUUAGCGAUGAGCAUGAAGUGGUGGAGGAAUUGGAUCGUAUUGAAGAAUCUCUGAAAUGGUUUAGCUUUGUUUUUGAUGAUGGAUGCACGUAUGAAGGAACCAUUUGGGAUGAUCUUGCUCAAGGGAAAGGUGUAUUUACCACUCCUUUGGAAAUUUGCAGAUAUGAAGGAGAGUGGCAUCAGAAUAUGAUGGAAGGCCAUGGUGUGCUAGAGGUGGACAUUCCUGAUGUGGAACCCGCACCAGAUUCAAAACUUGCAGAAGAGAUGCGAGAACAAGGGAAAAUAUUAAAGGCAGAUUAUAUGAGCCCAGAAGACAGGGAAUGGUUGAUAAUGGAUAUAAAUGAUAGCAAGUUAAAAGAACCACGGAGGCAUCAAAUUUAUGAUAAUCCAGAAUGGAUAGAAUGUUUUGGAGAGAUGCCUGAAAGGGGGCAUUACCGAUAUGCUGGACAGUGGAAGCAUGGCCGAAUGCAUGGAUGUGGAAUUUAUGAAGUUAAUCGCCGUACAGUAUGGGGUAAAUUCUACUUUGGUGACAUGGAGUCUGAUCCUCAAGAAUGCACUGCUGAGAUAUCAGCUAUGCAUGCAUCUUUAGCUGAGGUUGCAGCAGCAAAAGCAAGGAUGUUUGUUAACAAGCCUGAUGGAAUGGUCAGGGAAUUGAAGGGUCCAUACACUGAUCCUCAACAUCCAUAUAUGUAUGAAGAAGAGGACUUGUGGAUGGCACCAGGUUUUAUUAACCAGUAUUAUGAGGUUCCAGAAGUAUGGCAAAGGUAUGUGCAUGAUGUUGAUCAGGAAAGACAAAUGUGGCUAAACUCAUAUUACAAGUCACCAUUGAGAAUACCAAUGCCUGCUGAACUGGAAAAAUGGUGGUGGGAUGAUCCUGAAUUCCUGGUUAUUCCUGAUAUCAAGGAUCCAGAUAGAGAACUCCUCGUCCAUCUACCGACAAACCGGCUUGUCAAUUGGACUGAGGACCCUGAGGGACAUGUUCGACUAUUUUGGGAAGAGAUUGGUGAGAACAGGCCUGAUGAGCCAUUUCUUCCUCUUGAUUUUGAUGAAUUCAUGGGAGAGAACGAGGAAGCAAAAGCUAGGAUUGAAAAAGCCAAGCUUGAAACAGCUCUGGCAGAGAAGGCUCAAGCAAAGACUGGAGUGUUGCAGCAAAAGUUGGGCAGGAAAAAAAACAAUGAGGAGGAAAAACGUAAUCGUGUAGAUUUAGAAUUUCAAUUUCUAAAAGCUCAGGAAGAAACAGAAGGUUUACUGGAUGAAGUAGAAACUCAAGUUAAUAAUAAGCAUGCGUAUGAAGAAACUGUGGAAAUUAAGGCUCAAGAAAAGGAACCAAAAGAUACACCAGGGCCAGAAGAUUCUGAGAGUGGGCCUUCUCAGGAUUAUGAAGAAGAAGAGGAAGAGGAUGAUGAAGAUGAGAAACCAAGGAGUUUUGGGACAGUUGCUUCUGCUGAAUCGCAAUGCUAUCAAAGGAAUUCUGAUGGAAAGAUGGAUAAACAUGGACCAUCAGCGCCUCCAACUAUUUUUGCAUCUUUGAGCAUGGUUUCUAUGGUUGCAAUGCGUCAGCUAAAUCCCCUAGCAUCAUGGAUUAAAAGCAAACAGCAUAGUUCUUCAAAGGUAGAUUCUCCAUACAUGGAAGGUCCUGGCUAUGCUAUUCAGAAGCAAGAGAAUUCUUCAAGUUUAGCAUUAACAGAUUGUCCAAAAUUCAUAAGCUAUCCUAUGUCAAGAAACAGGGCGGUGAGACUGAAAGCAGGAAAAUCAGAUCAGAAACUUUCUUGUAGAAACACCAAUUUUUCAUUGCCGUGCACAGAACUGGGACUUUCUUUUCAUGUUUUAUCCCACACACGGAAUCAUUUAUCUAAACCAAAUAAGUCUUAUGGAAGGAAGAAGUGCCAAGAAAAUGAGAAGAGGGAACAGAAACCAAGCAGAAAAUAUUCUAAUAAACAAGAAAAAAUAACACACAUCUUUUCUCUUUCCAUACCUGUGGAGGAACUUGGGUGGUGAUGCUCUAAAUUUAAUUAGUCUGCUCAACUUUCUGGGUAUAUCUAUAUGAUUAAUUGUAUUUCAAAAUAGUUACUGUGAUUCAGAAUGUCAUCGUUCCUCACAAAGGAUAAUAAAAUGAUCUGAUCAAAAUGAUCAACGGAUACAUUAGAAUGGGCUGCAUACCAAUUAUUAACUGAUUAGAUUUUUAGCCAUAUAAAACAUCGAACAUGGUCUUCUUUUUCUCUUUCAAA